GUCAAGUGGUCCGGCUGACAAUUAAUUAAUUCACGGGGGAAAUCAAAGCAGGAAAAAACCGCCCAACCUGACUACCGUGACAAUCAUGUCUGCUGCAUUGCCAACCAACGUGCCUUCGUGAUAUUUCGUGAGGACGGUCUUGUUUAGUUGUUCCAACUGUUCCGUCGCACCCGCACAAUGAGCGACAACAAGCCACUUCCAGUGCCGCCGAGCGAGGACACUGAACCGGCAAAGCGGCCCCAUCGCUUCCCCAGGCUCGGAACACGACAGUCAGCCAUCGGCCUGCGCAGACUCCCCAAUGCAGCACCACAGAAUCCUGCUCAGGCCUCCGGCAAUGCGCCCGCCCAACCGCAGAAGUAUCGCUCCAUGCUGGACGUCGACAAUGAUCCAGCAGAUCGGGGAUCGAUAAAGCUGCGAAGGUUGCCGUCAGCAUCCGCCCCGCAGCCCCCCUACAACCCGGAGAACCCCCAGAAUGUCAGGUCCAUGUUGGAUCCUGACGACAACACCAAUCGAGAUACCCAAGCUGCCGACUUUGCGGGGCCAGACAAUGCAUCGAUUGGCAGCAAGAAGCGCGGUCGUUUCGGCCGCAUGAAGAUUCUUGGUCGGAGACCGCAUGCCGGCAAUGGUGGUCAUGAUCAGCUCAUCGUCCAAGAUGAAUAUGACCCCAGCAUUGUGGACAUGCUCGAUGUCGUAGACCCCGAGGUCUCAACGCUCAACUCCAUCACCAAUGUUCAGAAUUCUCUUUUCAUCCCUUCGCUGGGGAGGUUUGUCAACAGACGGCCAACCUAUAACCUUUCGCGCAAUUACCCCAUGCCGGGAAUGUUUCCGCGUGGACCAUCACAAGAGGAAAUCCGCUCGGUAGCCGAUACCAUGAGCAUUCCGCCCAUACCAGAAGACUCAGCCAGCGACUUGGAUACGCCGGGUACAGAGGCACCCCCAGGACGACCGUCUGUCGAGCGAAUACCGAGUACCAUGACGGACAGGUUCUAUGCUGUUCGGCCACAUAAUACCUCACUGGCUGAUUGGAGCGACGAAGACCUUGCUGAGUUGAACGACCACGUGCGCCACAUGCUUCAUUCGAAGCGCUCCGCUUUCGGUCGCUCCAUGAAGGCAUUUGGUCAAUAUGUUCGAAAACCACUGGGUUUCUUCGUCACCCUGUAUGCCACGCUUAUCACCUUGUUUGGUCUGGCCUGGGUCCUCUUCUUGAUUGGCUGGAUCUACGUCGGCGCGAGGCAGCUGUAUAUCAUCAACGUGAUCGAUAAUGUGCUCGUUGCCUUGUUUGCUGUCAUGGGAGAUGGACUGAUCCCAUGGCGUCUUGUCGACACCUAUCACAUGAUCUUCAUCGCGCGCUACCAUCAUUUGACGUGGAAGUUGCGCAACAAGAUGAAGGUUCCCAGCUUGAAGGAUAAAAACGACUUGCCGCACGAGCCGGUUGUGUCUGGGCCGGAAGAGCAAAGAGAUCUUGAAGCACAACGUGAUUUCCAUUUCAAGGACGAGGAGUACUCUGUCUUGACGCCUGAGCAGCAGAAGAAGCUCGAGCAUCACCAAACAAAGUUCGCCAAGUCACAUACCUUCUACAAGCCUCACGAGACGGAGACACACCACGCCUUCCCGUUGCGUCUUCUAGUUGCAAUUGUUGUUUUACUGGACUGUCACUCCUGUUUCCAGAUAGCCCUGGGUUUAUGCACGUGGCUCAUCGAUUACCGCGUACGCCCAGGUGCACUGACGGCUACUAUUCUGUGCUGUUCCAUCGCCGUCAACACUACGGGUGGUAUCCUGAUUACUGUGGGUGACAAGCGCACACGUAAGAAGGACGUUGUGGAGCGUAUGUUCCGACAAGAGCUGACCGAGGAGGCCAUACGCCGAAUGGCACAGAAAAAGGAAAAGGAAGCCAAAGAACAGGAGAAGGCCGAGAACAGACUCCACAAUAUCGAAGAGGAGGAUGGGAUCUGGCCACUGCCCAAGCCAACUCUCGAUUUCUUGCACAGAAACAGCGAGGACAGCAAGAAGGCUAGAAAGAGCCAAGAGAUUAGUAGAAAGUCAACCGACCAAGCGGGCAGGUUUGAUGUUUCGUCUGUUAAUAAGCAUGCAGUUAGGAGCGAUACUGAUUUACGCAUUGCCGGAGCGUUUCCCGAAGCGAAAGAGGAAUGAAAUGUUUGUUAAUUUUAAUGUAGAUAGAUGAGCUAGCGGUCGUGUUUGAUUUUUAGGAUUCGAAGAUUAUACCCAGAAUAUAUGGAAAUGGUUAUGUAAUUGUUAUCAUAUAGAUCCUCAACUGUGAGACCAGUUUCAAGUCCAACAA